AUAAAAGUCAACAAAACGCCGGCGACUAAACCAAAAAAUAUUGACAUUAGCGCAAAUUCGAAAGUGAUUAGAAAUGUUCUAUAUUAAAUAAAAGUAUGCAGAACUUAUUUUAAGGCAAACAUUUUCUGCAGCAAUAUUGUGUGGGGUAUUUUGAAGCAACGAAAGCUAUGUUAAUGUGUCUUAUUGGCGUGUUUAAUUGGCGUCUGCCCCAUUUUCGUAUCGAAAGCUCCGUGACAUGCGCGAGCGAGCCUGUACACGCGCCGGGAGGAUUUGGAUAUAAAAACGCGGCAGAAUGCUCAGUCUCAUCACAGUCGCUGGGCAAACAGUUGUAGGAAAGUGUUUUGCUUCAAAUUGCAGUGUUUUUCGAUUUUUAACUAAACUUUUAUUAAACAUGAGUUUGGCGGGUAAAAAUGUUGUUUUUGUCGGCGGCUUGGGCUUCAUUGGUUAUGAGGCUUGCAAAACGUUGAUAACCAGAGAUUUGGCGUCCUUAUUUGUUUUCGAUAUUUUGGACAAACCGGAAGCUGUGAAGGCCUUAGAAGAAAUCAAUCCCAAGACCAAAGUGUUCUAUACCAAGUUCGAUAUUACCAGCAAGGAUAACAUUAAGCAAUCACUCGCUGAUGUUAUCGCCAAGGUGCAAUACAUCGAUGUACUCGUCAAUGGCGCCGGCAUACUCAACGAUCCCAAUGUAGAGUGGACCAUGAACAUCAAUUUGAUUGGUCUUAUCAAUACCACGCUAGAGGCAAUUCCACUCAUGGACAAGAAUAAGAAGGGACGCGGUGGCGUGAUUGUCAAUAUUGCUUCCGUGUUGGGUUUGGAGCCCGGACCACCCGCCGCCAUCUACUGUGCAUCGAAAUUCGGUGUUAUGGGUUUCUCUCGUUCACUUGGUGAUCCCCACUAUUAUGAACAUACGGGCAUUGCGGUGGUCACUUUCUGUCCCGGUUUGACCGAUACGCCAUUGAAGAACAACGUUGCCACCAAAUAUACUUUCGACUAUUCCAAGGAGAUUGGCGAGAAGCUGAACCACUGCAAAACACAGAAACCAGAAGUGUGUGGCGCACAUUUGGCUCAAGUCGUCGAGUUGAGGGACAAUGGUGCCAUCUAUAUUAGUAACGAAGGCACACUGACCAAGGUGAAGCCAAGCGUCUACUGGGAACCAACUUUUUAAAGACUUUCGCUAUAAAAAGCUUCAUACAAUAGUUAAUAAUAAUGCGCUUUUACUACAAAAAUUAUUUAGAAAAAAAUGUGUUUUAUAAUUUUAGUUUUAUUACUUUUAAUAAAUUAUUUUUAUAAAAAACUGUAUGGAAAAUUGUGGUUGAUUCUAGCAAUUAAGUUCUAAGGAUACAAAAAAUAUAAGGGAGUGCGAAACUGAAUUUUAAAAUUG